UUGUUUGACUGUAGUAGCUGCAGAACGCUUAUUAAGACAGUCCCCACUGAGUCUGUUUCUCAGUGUCACAAAAAGGCUCCCCACCUUGGCUGAGGAAACUGCAGAGAUGAGCUCCUUAAAUGAUGUAGAGUACCCCAGAAGGAUACUGGACUACAUGGAGGGUUUCCUGGUGUCCAAGACUCUGUUUGCCUCCUGCGAGCUGGGCGUGUACGACUUCCUGCUGGCGUCAGAGCGCCCCCUGUCUGCAGUGGAGUUGGCGCAGGGCCUGGGCACCAGUGAGGAUGGGAUGGAGCGCCUCCUAUCGGCCUGCGUGGGACUGCAGCUCCUGACAUCUCACCCCAGUGACACCGAGGUCCUCUAUAGCAACACUGAGAUGUCCAAGACUUACCUCACAAAGUCCAGUCCACAGUCUUUGUAUCAUUCUAUACAAUACAACUCCAAGACCAUCUACCUGUGCUGGCACUACCUUACUGAUGCAGUGAGGGAAGGGACGAAUCAAUAUGAGAAGGCUUUUGGUGUGAGCUCCAAAGACCUAUUUGAAGCCCUGUAUAGGUCCAACGAAGAGAUGGUGAAAUUCAUGCAGCUCAUGAACUCUAUUUGGAACAUCUGUGGAAAAGACGUGGUAACGGCCUUUGACCUUUCACCCUUCAAAACCAUCUAUGACCUUGGAGGUUGCAGUGGUGCGCUGGCCAAACAGUGUGUGGCUGCAUACCCUGGGUCCACCGUCACCAUCUUCGACCUCCCCAAAGUGGUGCACAUGGCCAAGGAGCACUUUGUGUCUGCAGAAGAUGGGAGGAUCCUGUUCCAUGAAGGAGACUUCUUCAAAGAACCUCUCCCUGAAGCUGACCUCUACAUCCUAGCCCGAAUUCUACACGACUGGACCGACCAGCGGAGCCUGGAGCUACUCACCAAGGUGCAGCAGUCCUGCAAACCAGGUGGGGGCGUGCUGCUGGUGGAGGCGCUGCUCCAUGAGGAUAACAGCGGGCCGCUGACGGCGCAGCUGUACUCGCUCAACAUGCUGGUGCAGACGGAGGGGAGGGAGAGGAAGGCGUCGGAGUACACCGCCCUGCUGACCGCCGCGGGCUUCUCCCACGUCCAGGUGCAGAGGACCGGCAAGAUCUACGACGCUGUUCUGGGCAGGAAGUGAAAGGUUGCGCAAUGCGCAAAGAAUUCACUUUUUUUUGUUGUUGUCAGAUUUGGUGUAACCACAGUGCACUUCACUAAGCCAGAAUAAGGAAUCUUAUUUUCAGUGUGACGUGCCUAGACGAGCUGUACUCAUGACGUUGUUUCUUUACUGUUCUGUAUGUAUGUUAGAUAUCUCCUAGUCAGUAAUAGGGCUAACUGUAGACACCGUCAAGAGGGCAUAAGAAUGAAAGUAUUUAAUAAACUUAAUUAAACUGUAUUUAACCAUCUGAUAUUGAAAUGCGUUAAUUAAAUACAACACUGGCGUUCUGUUUUUAGACACAUAACUAAAUACAACAUAUUACAUAAUAUACUAAUAUGUAUGUAAAUGUAAUAAAUGCAUACAUAAUGAAUGUGCAAUAAGUGUGUCUUACACAGAGUGGCGUGCAGAUGAGGCAUGCCAACUGAACAAGUUUGAAGAAUAGCUACUCUACACCUCAACACAACCUCCCCUCCACCUCUCUACCCAUCCAAACCCUCUACUGACACGCAUAGAAUCUACACUUCAUGGCCAAAAGUAUGUAGACACCUGACAUCCAAAAUCUCAUCAAAAAUUAUGGGCAUUAAUAUGGAGUUGGUCCACCCUUUGCUGCUAAAACAACCUCCACCCUUCUGGGAAGGCUUUAUACUAGAUGUUGGAGCAUUGCUGCAGGGAUUUGCUUUCAUUCAACCAGAUGAGCAUUAGUGAGGUCAGGCACUGAUUGGGCGAUUAGGCUUGGCUUGCAGUUGGCUUUCCAAUUGGUCCCAAAGGUGUUAGAUGGGGUUGAGGUCAGGGCUAUGUGCAGGCCAAUCAAGUUCUUCCAUACUUUUCUCAACAAACCCAUGUCUAUAUGGACCUCGCUGUGUGCUCAGGGGCAUUGACAUGCUGGAACAGGAAAGGAAACACUGAAUGUGAUUGUAUGCUAUAACAUUAAGAUUUGUCCCUGGAACUAAGGGGCAGUAUAAGAUUAAAUCAGAGGAGGCAAAUGCUGAGGAAUCAAAGCUUGCUUUGCUGUUUAAGAACAGAUCACAUAGCCUGACAAGUUUGUCACACUACCAUAUUCAGUUUAACCUUGCCAGCAGCACAUUACACUGGAAAGAAAGGAACAGACAGUGCUAUUCUUAUAUUCUGAUAUGAAUGUUCAGAGUUGGAGAAAGAUUGGUGAGAAUAACUGGGAAUCAUUCUGGAAAUGUCAUCCUACUUCAAACUCCUUACCAGCAUAAUGUGUUCACUUGUUCAUUUUGUUUAAAUACUGAUUGACUGAGAUGAAACUGUCAUUUUUCAACUGAAGAUGUGACGAAUUUCAGAAAUGGCUUAUGAAGACCUUCUAAGAAUUUUAAGGUUUCCUUCUAGUUUUCAUUUUCCCACUUGAAAAACAUAUAAAUCAAAGCGCAGCACACAUAUCCAGCUCAAGCUGAUGAAUAUGUACCAUGUGACCUCUCUGUGUGACUUGACACACUUCUCUGGGGAUUGAAAAUGGCAAUGCGUGUUGAUAUUUUUUAUUUCCUCAGAGGCGUGCUUCAACAUUAUGAUUCCUCCAUUAUUGAGGAAACAUCAUUCACACUUUGUCCCAACAGGUGACAGACGUUUCAUUGCCUUCAUUAACCUCCAGGGAACACAAUUACCCUGGCACUAUAAUAACUUCAGAGGAGCAAGCUGACAAACAUGAUAAUUAGGAAAUUCAGUCUGUCCCAUUUGGCACUGUCUUUUUGUGCUUUUUAGUGUAAAAAUAUGGCAGAGAAGAGAAUUGGGAUUGGUUCAGGAGGUCAAAGGUGGUGAGUAAUGGUUAACCUCUGCAUUGGGGAAGUUAUGGCUGAAAACUGUUCUUCCCAAUCAUGUCUCUGGGGGCUCCAUUUGUUUAGGUUUACCUCCUCUUUCUAUGUGAACUUUUUCAAAAUGUCAAUCAUAAUCAUGAUGAAAUGCUUCAAAAUGGGAUGAUGCUGGAAUAAUGAAAUAAGUAUGCAGAAUCACUGCCCUGAGGCUUUAUAGAUCCUUCCAGAAGCACCUAUAUUCACACAUGCUAACACAAGUCACAAGCUUUUUUAGGUGAUUUGAUGAGAGCUGCGACUUCCUACAUUAGCAGUUCUUUCGUCAAUUGAAAGCAUUUCAAUUAUUCAUGAAAAACAGGUUCAAUAACAGCCCGUGUGACAGAGAGGACAAUAUCUUUCUAAUCCCUAUAGUGUUUUUCUGUAAGACAAACACAGUUCUGUUCAGGAAAUGCACUGCUUGAUCAGUAUAAUUGAUUGUCGCUUGGUAAAAUUAAUGGAAAACUCCAUUCCAAUUCCAAUCACUCCAUUAUGGGGAUGCUUGGUGCUGGAACAGGCUUCCUUCUUAGAGGAUAAAAAUGCAAGAGAGGAGAAGUGUGAAGGAGGAUUUUAAAAUUAACACACAGAUUUGAGAAACAAAGAGCCCCACCCUCACCUAAGACUUCCACCGUUUGUUCGCCCAAAUAUCUUAUAAUAAACAUAAUUUGCAUAGUUAUUCACCAAAGCACGAUAAGGGACAAACCUUUUUUUGGAUGUGUUUAGCAUAUUCAUUAGGCUGGGGUCACACUGAGGCAGGGUGUACUUUAAUGAUAUUCACACAACAAAGAAA